GGGGCUGAGGCGGGAGGGUGUGGGGCUGCGGGGCUCCGCUGGGAUUGUCUCCUGUGCUCCCCGCCUUCCUCGGGGACAGGAAGGGGCUUGUGAGGUGGCUUAGUCUCGUGGCUCUGCCUGGGAACUGAUGCCCUUUCCAGGCACGGGGGGUGAAAUUUAGCUCAAUUAGUCCUUCCUCUUGAAUGCUGUCAACGGAUCUGAGGAAAAGGGGGUGUCAUCUGGGGAAGAAUAGGGCUUCAAAGUACGUAUAGUGUAUUUUGAGCUCGGUCACGUUUCUGAGCUGAAAACCAGUGAUUUGGAUGGUAGUAAGUCACCAAGCAAGAAACAGUGCUUUACUCUCAACUCCCCUUGUGCCUGCAAGACUCUGAAACGAGUGUUAUUGCUGUGGUGAAGUCCACUGUGGCUCUCGCCAUGCAGAACACCUGCACAUCUUCCAUAUCCUUCAGGAGUGAAGACAUCCUGUUUAAUUAAGCUGAAUGGGAGUGUUACUGUAUGGCUAGCUUGGUGGAUUGGAGAAAAGGUGUAGUUGCACGUGAUGUAGCAGUCUGUUACCGAAUCAGAAGCUGUAUCCCCCUGGUUUUGGGUAAAGUUUCUUUUCAUAGGUGGUUUGAGUUAAGUGGUUUAAAAAAAAAUGCAUGGGAAGUGUUCGUUCCCCCAUCUUCCUGUGUAUACCUCUUCUGAUUCAUUGACAGGCUGCUGCAUAACACAGGUUGUUCCUUUUCCCCAGUGGGACCACUAGUUAUAGGAACAGGCUUUGAGGAGAAUGUUUUCUAAGGGCACAACCUUGGUGGUUUGCCUGUUUGGUCAUACUUCUGCAAUCCUGACUGGCUUUAUGCAGGAAAAGUCCUUGGAAAUCUACUGCACCAGCUUCUCUGAGCAAAAGUGUCUGGGAGUUCUCCAAGGUUUUAACCUCAAGAGGAUUACAGAUGAUGAUAAUGACUCUUCAGCUAUAAAGAGCAAAGGAAAACAGAGAAGCAGAGUGGCUGGUUGAAGUUGCAGGUGUCCCAGAACUGACAGUGGAAAGUCAACUGGGAAGCUAAUAAGAUGUCAUCUCUACCAAGGAGGGUGAAAUCUGAAGCCAAAGCCCUUACAUCAGAAGAUGAUGAACUACCUUCACUUCUUAAUUCGAGCUCUGAAUCAGAGGAGGAAGAGGAGGAGUGGGAGCCAAAAAGCAAAAUCGCCAAGAGACCUCGGUUGCCAAAGAAAAAUGAGGCAAAAACUAAAAAAGUUGCUUCUCCACGGUUGGCUGUGGCCAUGAAAAAGGUCAAGAAGAUAGCAGUAAAAGAGGAAAUGGAUGUAUCCUUGAUUAUUGCUCCUGCAGAAGGUGAUAGAAUGCAGCUUCAGAAACCUAAGGAAGAAGAUACAGGCACUAAACGAAAAACUUUAAAUCAAAAGCCAGAAGUGCCUAAAAAAAUGGAAAUCAAUUCAUUCCAAGUGAAGAAUGUAAAGAGUUUAGAGAGUGAUGAAAAACCCUCAACAAGCAUUCCUUUAGUGGGAAAUCAAGUGAAACAUGAGAAAUCUGAGGAGGAUUUUGCAUUUGAUGAACCACCUUUUAAAAAGAUUAAGUCAACUACAUGUCCUGAAGGAAAGCCAGUUAAAAAUCUGGGAGGCAACAAAGUAAAAGAAGAAUUUGGAAUGAACUGGGAUAUUGUACAGGCCUUGUCAGAAAUAACAAAUGUUGAACCAUGGGUAUGUGCAAACUUAAUUCGCCUUUUUCAAGAAGAAAACACAAUUCCUUUUAUUGCUCGGUAUCGAAAAGAGCUCAUCAAUAAUCUGGAGGCUGAUGCCAUGCGAGAAGUGCAGCAAACAUUGGAAGAGCUACGUACUGUUGCGAAGAAGACACAUACAAUGAUACAGAAGUUGAAGAAAGAAGGGAAAUUAUCUGGAUGCCUUUUAACAGCAUUAUUAAAUUGCAGAACUUUGGAAGAAUUAGACCAUGUGUCUGCGCCUUAUAAAACUGGGAGUAAAGGCACCAAAGCCCAGAGGGCCAAGCAGCUGGGAUUAGAACCUGCUGCUCUCUCCCUCCUGCAGAAUCCUAUGGAACUCAAUCUCUUUUCUUACAUUAGACCCAAUACCAAAGGACUUUCCACUAUCCGGGAAGUAGAGGCUGGAGUACAGCAUAUUUUAGCUGACAUCUUCGCUAAAGAUAAAGAUACACUGGAUUUUAUCAGGAAAUUAUGUCAGCAAAGGUACAUUUGUAUCCAGUCAGCCUUGGCAAAAGUGUCAUCCAAAAGUGGAAAUGAAAAAGAUAUCGAUAAAUUCCAACUGUACCAUGAGUUUUCUUGUAAUAUAAAGAACAUUCAGCAUCAUCAGAUUCUGGCCAUUAACCGAGGGGAAAAUCUGAAGAUCCUGACAGUGAAGGUCAACAUUCCUGACGGGGUGAAGAAUGAAUUCUGUUGGUGGUGUGUCAAUGAAAGAUGGAGACCAAAACAAUUUUUAAAACCAGAAUUAUUGAGGAUACUACAGAAUUCAGUAGAGGACGCAUAUAAACGCCUUAUAUAUCCUCUCCUCUGUAGAGAAUUCAGAUCAAAGUUGACAUCUGAUGCAGAGAAAGAGUCUGUGAUGAUGUUUGGGAGAAAUCUCCGGCAGUUGCUUCUGACCAGCCCUGUGAGGGGCCGUACUUUGAUGGGAGUAGAUCCUGGCUACAAACAUGGCUGCAAGUUGGCAAUUAUUUCACCAACCAGUCAGAUACUCCAUACCGAUGUCAUUUACUUGCAUUCUGGUCAAGGAUUUCGUGAAGCUGAGAAGAUAAAGAGGCUUCUGCUACGUUACAACUGUAGCACUGUCGUGAUUGGCAAUGGCACGGCCUGCAGAGAAACAGAAGCUUACUUUGCUGACUUAAUUAUGAAGAAAUAUUUUGCACCACUGGAUGUUGUUUACUGCAUUGUUAGUGAAGCAGGAGCAUCUAUCUACAGCGUCAGUCCAGAAGCGUCCAAGGAAAUGCCAGACCUAGACCCUAACCUAAGAAGUGCAGUUUCCAUAGCUAGACGCGUCCAAGACCCAUUAGCUGAGCUCGUGAAAAUUGAGCCCAAACACAUAGGAGUUGGAAUGUAUCAGCAUGAUGUAUCACAGACUUUGCUCAAAGCAACUCUGGACAGUGUGGUUGAAGAGUGUGUCAGCUUUGUAGGAGUUGAUAUUAACAUCUGCUCAGAAAUACUGUUAAGACACAUUGCAGGACUGAAUGCUAACAGGGCUAAAAAUAUAAUUGAAUGGCGAGAGAAGAAUGGACCAUUUAUAAACCGAGAACAGCUCAAGGAAGUUAAAGGUCUGGGUCCCAAAUCCUUCCAACAGUGCGCUGGCUUUAUCAGAUUCAAUCAAGAAUAUAUAAAGACCUUCUGCAGUAAUAAGAAAACUGAUCUUGGAAGUCAUGCACUUUUGACUAAAGCAGGUGCACAGGGUAAAAAGAAGAGUAAGCCAACACCAUGUGCCUCGCAACAACCGAAUCCUUUGGACCAAACUUGUAUUCAUCCAGAGUCUUAUAAUAUUGCAAUGAGGUUUUUAUCUUUCAUUGGAGGAAACACAAAUGACAUAGGAAAAUCAGAUAUGCAGCAAAAAGUAAAUGCAGUAAUUCAAAAGGAAGGACUGGAAGGCACAGCCAAAAGGCUAAAUACAACGGUGCACACGCUGCAGCUGAUCAUUGAUGGUCUGACUCAGCCUGAAGGCUUUGACAUUCGAACAGAUUUUGAUAAACCUGACUUCAAGAGAAGCAUAGUCUGCUUUGAAGACUUAAGUGUUGGUACUGUUCUGACUGGAAAAGUUGAAAAUGCAACGCCAUUUGGAGUUUUUGUUGAUAUUGGUGUGGGAAAAGCAGGUUUGAUUCCAGUGCGAAACAUAACAGAAGCAAAACUUUCUAAGGUGAAGAAGAGAAGAAGCCUCGGGUUAGGUCCUGGAGAAAGAGUGGAAGUUAAAGUGCUUAAUGUUGAUAUUCCUCGACUGAGAAUAACGUUGGAUCUUAUUCGUGUUUUAUGAGAGGGUUUUUUAUGAUUGAGCCUUCAUUUUAAGCUUAAGUAAUGUCAGCAAGGUUCUGGAGAUUCAGGCAUUUAAUGACAGUGUUGAAAAGGAACAAAUUUUGAAACCUUCAGCCUUGCUUUUUUUUUUUUUUUUUUUUUAAUCUAACAGUUUUUCCACAUUUCUUGAAUCUUUUCUGUUAAUAAUUGUUGGAACAGUUUAUUGGAUUACCUCCAAGCAACCUUGUUAUUUUGUCUGCAGAGCAAAUGAAAUUCCAGUGGACUGUCAGACAGAUCUCUUAUCUGUUCUGUCUGUGCAAGAUUUGCUGUCUCAAUCUUUAGUCAGUACUGCAUGAGCAGACACAUCUACUGCUCCCCUUCAAAAAAAACAGCCAUUCAGUUUGCCUGUUUUCUGAUUGAGAGUCUAAAAGAGAGUACCUAGUUGUAGAAAAAAGUGAUCUUUUUAAGUUAGUCGGUGAUGACAUCACUUCAAAAGUAGACUGAAAAAAGAGCAUCUACUAAUAGUAUUGUUGGUUCAGAAAUAUUCUACUUUAAUUUAUUUGAGCAACACUAUUAGGAGGUCUGUUUACCUGUCUUAUUAUUGCUUGUUCAGUUAUCAUUGAUUAACACAUAUGGAUGUACCUUUGGGUUUAAGGAACCUUGCUCAAAGGUGUCAAAAGACAUUUAUGUUGUUCUAUACUUGUGCAAAAUAAAAACUUUUCUGUCCA